AUGAAAAUUAUCCUAUAUUUUUCGUUUGUUUCAAUAUGUAAAAGUGUUGAGAUUGUUUUAUUUGAUGAUUGGACAUUGGCUCAAAAUAUUUGCUCUAUUGCGAUAAGCGAUGCUAAGGCAAACGGUCAAUGCACCUCAAAUUAUGUUGAGUAAGGAUUUUUUAAUUUGAAUUUCCAUCAUUCAAAUAAAAUUAUAGGUUAACACCGAAAGUAGCGUGCACCACUGAAUAUUCUUUAAAAGCAACAGCAUAUGGUCUGGAACGAUCAGCUGCAAAUUCCGGAACUCCAGGUGUCGUCUUUAUUGGUCCGAAUUGUCAAAACGAUAUGGAAGCGCUAUCUUCAUUCGGCGAAGUUUGGAGUUCACCAAUUGUUACAUAUACUGAUUAUUAUGUAAACAAUUUUUCACCAGCUGAUGUGAGUCAUUUUGAACUCAUUCAUUUUUCUUUGUAAUCUAAUCUAAUAAUUCUAGGAUUACAAAUCAAUGGUGAAUACUGCUCAAGUUUCAAUAUCUGGUUUAGUAGAAAGUAUAGGCAUUUUGAUAGACGCGCUGAGUUUGCAAAAUGUUUCACUGGUCGGAGCUGAUGAGCAGAAUCCAGCUCAAGGUUCAUUGUUGGAAGAUAUCAAAAAUUAUAAUUCACGAAAAAAUCGUAUAAAUUUUAUGAGUUAUUUUGCAUUGGACGAAGUUGAUUCUGAUUGGACUUCUGUAAGGAUAAGCAUGCGAAAUUUUUCGAAAAGUGAGUAUCUGGUUUGAAAUUCAACUAUAAAAGGAAACACAUUUCAGCAUUUGUGAUAUGUGCCGAUUUCGUCGAUCCUUACAGUGUUAUGAAAUCACUUGAUUAUGAAGAAUUAUUAUCAAGUGGAUUUGUUGUCAUAACAGUUGCGAAUCGACCAGUUGAAGAAUUAUUAUAUCAACCAAGCACCAAGAAGUUAAUGACAAGCAAAAAUAGUUUUGUGAUUGCUCCAAUUGCAGAUGCUUUUGUAGCUAAUCUUGCAACAAUGCAAACAUCUUUGAGUGAUUUAUCAGUGACAUCCUAUUCAAAAGUUAUUUGGUUGUAUAAUGCUUGUUAUACAUAUUGUGUCGGUUCAAUUUCUGGAGCAGAAACUACUUCAUCUGAUUAUCGAACACUUUUCUCUGGGAAAACUUUCACUAGUAAUUUUUUUCUUUUGAAUGUUUAUUAUUUCAGCUAUUUUUCAGAUAAAUAUGGAACGUUUACAUACGAUUCACAAGGUCGUCUCUUAACUGAUUAUGCCGUCUAUACUCUCGAUGUUGAUAAUGAUUAUCAAAUGAUUAUGCGAUUGAAUUCCACUGCGAAAAGUUGCGAUGCGUAUAAUUGUUUCUCUUUGGUGAGUUUGUUCUUCGCAAUAAAAAAUAAACUUUCACUCAAUUUUCAGUCAACAUCAACAAUUCAAGAUCCAAAAUUGAACUUGGAUACAUCAUUGGUUCCUCAAAUCUGUGUCUACACUGAUACCUGUUUCAAAUAUUGGUGUGAGUUAUUUCAGUUUUACAAAACUUUUUGAAAACAUCAAGAAUGUUUUUCAGUCCAAGUGUAUAUUGUCAUUUUGGUGCUUUUUAUUGCUUGCUUGGUUGCUGCUGGAGUAUGGUAUUAUCGAUAUCGAAAAGCUCAUCUAGCAUCAAUGACAUGGAAAAUUGGAAAAGAUUCUUUGAAGAUUAUCACAAAUAAAAGUAGCGAUUCAGUAUGUUUAACUUUUUGAACGUAGAAAAAAAUGUUGCGUUUUUCUGUAGAAAAUGCAAAAAGAACUGGAAAAUCGUAUGGCUGCUGCUGGAAAUGCUAAAACUAAUUUGGAACAUCUUGCAAUGAAAAAACGAAUGUUCGGAUCGUAUGCGCUUGUAAAUGGACAAAGAGCUGAGUUCUUUCAAUUCAGACAACACAAGAAAAUCAAAUUGACAGAGUAAGAUUAGAUUUUUAAAACAAAACCAAUUUUCAAAUUUUCCAGCAUUCAAUUGAAACAUGUUUACAAUUUGAAAAAUGUAACACACGAUAAUAUUACGAAGUUCAUUGGAAUUAGCUUCAACGAUUAUCCAGAUUCACUUUUCUUUUUGUACACUUUGAUAGAAAGAGCAAGUUUGGAGGUUGGCAGAUGAAAUUGUUUUGAAGUGUUGUUUUGCAAAAAUAUUUAUUCCAGGAAUUCGCCUUGGAUAUUGAUUUCCCAAUGGAUAACUUAUUCAAAUCAGCAUUCAUUCGAGAUAUUUGCAAAGGUCUUCAAUAUCUCCACAAAUCACCGAUAAAAUGUCAUGGUUAUCUAUUGAGUGCAACAUGUUUAAUUGAUGCAAAUUGGGUGUUGAAAUUAUCAUUUUUUGGAAUUUCAAAUUUUUCAAACGAUUUGAUGGAUCAAGAAUUUUUAUCACCCAGUCAUGAUAUGGUUUUACCACAAGGUGGGAUAUUUAUUUAAAUUCAAAGUAAAAAUUUUUUUUGUAGUUGGGUAUAAUCAAUUUGCUUGGUUCCCACCGGAACAUUUAAAGGAAUAUGAUCCAAAUGGCAAAGCAUCACCAAGAUUACUACGUGGAUCUUCAGAAGGAGAUAUUUAUUGUUUGGGAUUGAUAAUUUAUCAAAUGCUGACUAGAAUUGAUCCAUUCGCACCAAGCGGUUCACCAUUAGAUCGACCAGGACCUUGUGAGUUUUUUUUUUGAAAUUUUCUAGAUUUAACAUCAUAUUCAGCUACUAUUAUUGACAUUAUGAACAACAACAAGAUGCCUGAAAUUCCAACCAAUUCUGAUGAAGCCCCAUUAUUCAAGCUUUGUGAAAAGUCGUGGAGUCGUGAUCCAAAAACAAGACCAAGUAUUAAAAAUUUCACGGAAUGUUUGAAAACAGUAUAUCCAACAAGUAAAGGUAAUCUAGUUGAUCAAAUGAUGAAUAUGAGUCGACAAUAUGCGAAUGAUCUUGAAAAAGUGGUAUCCGAUCGAGCUGCUUUGAUUGUAGAGGCACAACAACAAGCUGAUAAUCUGCUUCAUGAGAUGAUGCCAGUGUAAGUCUUGAAAUUUCAAAUUAUAUAAAAAAAACAUCGAAAAGUUUUCAGCUCUAUUGCACAGCAACUGAAAAUUAAUAAGAAAGUGGAGCCUCGUAGUUACGCGUGUGCCACUGUUAUGUUCGUUCAAUUAUGUGAUUUCGCAAUUUUGACAAACGACAGUACACCUGAUGAGAUUAUUCUAUUUCUUAAUGAUAUUUUCGAUCAUUUUGAUGUUGUUAUUAAACAACAUGAUGCCUAUAAAGUUGAAACAACUGGUGAAACAUAUAUGGUUGCAUCUGGAGUUCCGAAUGAAAAUGGAGAUCGACAUAUUCACGAAAUUGCUGAAAUUAGUUUGAAGAUUCGAGAUAUUUCAUAUGGUUAUAAAGUGGUUCAUGCUCCAACUUUUAAGGUUAGUUUAGAGAUUUUUGAUGGGUUUUGUGGGAAAAAUUGGGGUAGAUGUUCACUUAGGAUGAGGCUAAUGUUAUUUGGAAUAUUAUUUUGAUUAUACUAAAAUUUGAGAAACACAUUUUUACUUGAGGCUAGUCGAAAAUGAAAAGGUUUGGAGUUCCACAUCAACCAAAAAGAAUUUUCAGAUCCGAGUGAAAAUUGGUUUUCACGCUGGAGCAAUUGCUGCAGGUGUAAUUGGUCUCAAAUCUCCAAGAUAUUGUUUAUUUGGAGAUACUGUGAAUUUUGCGUCAAGAAUGCAAUCAAAUUGUCCACCAAAUCAAAUUCAAACCAGUGAACAAACAGCUCUUCUUCUAUUUCAAACACAUGAAUAUAAAUUAGUGAAACGCGGAAUAGUUCAUGUAAAAGGAAAAGGUAGAUCACAUUUUUCAGUGCUGUAAUUCAUCUCAACAAUAUUGUUUUUUUAGGAGAAGUGAAUUGUUAUUGGCUGAAUGAACACAUUCAUCAAGAAGAAGAACCACAAGAUAACAACACAUUUUCUCGCCCCGCAACAAAAUAUUUGAUUCGACCAAAAUCGAUGAGAGUUGAGAAUGACGAGGAUUAA